GUCUGGAUGAAUAACCAUGGCAACAGCAGCAGCAGCAGGAGAAGCGGUGGUAUAAACAUCGUGAUUUACUCAGUACAGACUGGAAGCGAACCCUCUGCGGAUAUUACACUUCAUCACUGCUAAGGUGAUGAAUGGGAUUAUAUCAUGUCUGAAGUACAGGGAACACUGGAGUUUUCUGUAGAGUUGCACAAGUUUCACAAUGUGGAUCUUUUUCAAAGGGGGUUCUACCAGAUACGAGCAGGGCUGAAGGUCUCACCUCGAGUGCCCCACAGGUUGAUAGUGACAACACAAGACAAUUCAGGAGAAUGCAGCUUCAGCUCUGCGGGGGUUUACGAUGGCACCGUGUUCAGCCGGAUAUUUCAGAUCCUUUACAGAAAUGAAGAGAUUACUGUCAAUGACUGCAUGAUCUUCAAAGUCCACCUGCUAUUGGACGGAGAAAGGGUGGAGGAAGCCUUGAGUGAGGUGGACUUUCAGUUGAAGCUGGACCUUCAUUUCACCGACAAUGAGCAACAGCUGGCAGAGAUAACCACUGUCCCGCUGAUCAGCAGUCGGACCCUCAGCCUCCACUUCCACCCGCGGAGAGGCCUCCAUCACCACGUCCCUGUCAUGUUCGACUACUUUCACCUGUCCGUUAUUUCAGUGUCCAUACAUGCUUCACUGGUUGCCUUACAUCAGCCACUAAUCAGCUUUGCACGUACAGGAAAGGGCUCCUGGCUGGGGAAGGGCUCGCCAGAGAGCACGAACGACCCAUCUGCCAUGUCUGUGGAGAACCUUGUGUUCGGAGCUGGCUACUGCAAGCCUGUCAUCUCUGAGGGAAGCUUUUAUGUGCCCAGUGAAAAUUGCCUGCAGAGGGCUCAUACGUGGCAUCGAAGGCUCUGUCGCCUCCUGUUGGUCGCACACAGGGGCCUGCACACUUACUACAAUGCACUGAAGAAGGAAAACCCACAGCUCCAGCAGACUCCACUCGAUUCAGAGGUGCUGCCCGUUGAAGAAACUCUGAAUCAGCUCACAAUAGAGUUACAGCUGCAGGAAGGCCAUGAGAAGGUUGCAGAGCAGAUCAGCAGGGAUGUGAGCCAGCUCUGCUCCCAGCUAGCUGCUCUGUGGAGCUGCUUCUUGGAAGCCGCUGUGCUCAACCCCCACAUCCUCUCCUACCUGGCCCAGGAGCACCACACGCUCAGGGUCAGAAGGUUUUCAGAGGCAUACUUCUUCACUGAACACCCCAAAGAGAUAUCUCUUAUUUUUCAAGAGGAACUAAUCAACAGACAUGGCCAGAUAGCUGCAGAAGUGCGGAGUUCAGACUACCUGACCAAGAUGCCUCCUUUACCUGUUGAGUGCCUGGACAUUGAUGGAGACUGGAAUAGCCUGCCCAUCAUCUUUGAAGACAGAUAUGUGGAGUCUCCUCAAACAGAGUGGGUAUCACAUGUGCCAACUACUGAUGGACAGACGAACCCAGAUGCUGCCAUCAUUUCUGCCAAUGGGAUUUUCGAAAGCUGCCAGGGAGCCAGACCACCAGCAAUAACCCAGGACCCCUUGAACAGUGAUGACUGCAUGGACCUGCCCACAUAUGUCUCUCUCAUUGCAGAACAGAGUCAGACCGGGACAAGCAUCACUAGUACCCAGAACUUCAUUCUUAGUGAGGACAUUGCUGGUCCCUCUCUGGCAGAGGCAGUAAGCUUGAAGGAACUAGAGAAAAAACAAGGCCAGAUUGACGAGAACUUUAAUCCAGGCCUGAGGUACAUCGCUAAGCCUUGUGAUGUGGAUUCAUAUGGAGGAGAAGCAGUCCUGGAUCUCUCUUCCAAUCACAAUCCCCUUAUUGACUCUCAUAACAGCAGUGCUAAGUCUCCAGCUUAUCAUUUAACAGAAAAUACUGACCAACUUUGUGAUGCCACAAAUGGCAGCAAAGCAAAAGAGAGUGAAAACAAUGAAGAGGAGUCUGAUAUUGCCAUGCCAUUAAAUCACUCUAUAGAUGAUGAGAGUGAAGAUGUUCCUCUCACUAACCUACCCUCUGCACAUCCAGUCAUCCCUCCCUUUACUGGUGAUCUCAGAAAAGAGAUGACUCAUCGUGGAGGUCUGGUCAGCUGCAAGAUCAUGAAGCGCUCGUCCUCAGUUAUUUCUGACUCAGGUAUUGAGAGCGAGCCCAGCUCGGUGGCCUGGCCCAUGGAGGUUGCUCUGCGUGGCCGACCUCCUUUAGACUUUUCUAGUGAACGUGAGAUUCCACAACAAAUAGUGUGUCGCCACCCAGUGCACCGCAGCUCUCUGGAGGGCCUGCAGAUGGAGAGCAACGGAAGCCUUCCAAGUGCAGGUAUACAGGCCUCACUUACCUCCAUUAGCUCCCUGCCCUACGAGGAGGACCAGCAGCAGAGGCAGCUAAGCAAGCUGACCAAGUCAGUCUCUGCGCCGCAGAUAAGUAGCCCUGAAGACACUGAGGAGGACCAUGUGCUGCUCAGCCAGGAAACAGACAAUAAGAGCUUUAGGCAACACCAGGAUUCAUUUACUAUCAACUGCUCUUUGCUAAUCAGCAACCUAGAUUCAGAGCAAUCUGAUUCGUCUUUAUUAGAACCAAAUUUAAAAACAAAUCUUGCUCAUAUCCUCACAGAGAGUCUUAACUCUGAAAAAUUAAACUCUUCACAGAACCUGUCAGAGACACACAGAACCAAAUCUGUGUUAAGUGGUGUGUCUGAUGCCUUGCUUUUACAAGAGUCUGCAGAAAGCACUCAUCUGAAGGAAAGUGCUAUUAUUGGCAGCCAGGGGGAGAAUAUGAACCAUCAAACACACAUCAGUGAAGUAAGCACCUUAGUGGAGGAUGUGCAUCUUGCUGAAACGGAAGCAGCACCCUGCAGCUGUGGAAACAAACCAUGUGUGCAUAAAAGUGCAGCAGACCAGGAGAGAAUUAACACUGGAGAUGAGUGCCAAAGUUUCCAACAGACUGAACUGCUCAGUGACCAGGAGUGUCAGGAUUUCUCCCGAACACCUCUAGAGCCUUCACGACUCCAACACUCCAAUGACCUGCCGAAUAGUACCACCACCACACAGAGGCCGAGUGACCUUACAGGGCUGAUAGCGAACGAUAUGCCACCAUCUGUUGACUUCAGUGGGAUAUCAGCAAUCGAGAAAGAGCCUUUAGACUGCCCCACUAAGUCAUCUAAGAUUCCCAACUCAGGGCUGGCCUUUGUGAACAAGAAGAUGGUGGAGGUGGUGAAUAUGUCGGUAUCCUGUGCUCCGACCUGUCUGCCAUUUUCUUCUGUUCUGAGAGACUCUCCAUCCAUCAGUGGAAUUUCGGCUCGCCAGGCUACCUCACCUAUUACCCAUCAGCCCUUAGGCUCCUUUGGUAUCAUCUCCUCGUCUUCACUCCAUCCUCUGAACAUGGAUGAUGAGACCAAUGAACGGAUGCUGAAAUUCUACAAAGCCAAAGAGGAACUGUUCAAAGAGCUGAGCUUUCAGGCCAGUUUGUAUAGUGACCUUCCUCUCCUGGCAUCAGAUCUGCCCUACUUCCCCCCUGAGGAGGACGAUGAAGAGUUUGAUGACGGUAUACACCUUGUGGUGUGUGUCCAUGGGCUUGAUGGAAACAGUGCAGACCUUCGACUGGUGAAGACUUUUAUUGAGUUAGGACUGCCAGGAUCCAGGCUGGACUUCCUCAUGUCUGAAAGAAACCAGACCGACACGUUCGCAGAUUUCGACACCAUGACAGACAGGUUGCUGGAUGAGAUCAUUCAGCAUAUCCAGCUGUACAAUCUCACCAUCGGCAGGAUAAGCUUCAUCGGCCACUCUCUGGGGAACAUCAUCAUCCGCUCAGUGCUGACGAGGCCUCGCUUCCGCUGCUAUUUGCCCAAACUGCACACUUUCCUCUCGCUGUCAGGCCCACACUUGGGAACGCUGUACAACAACAGCACAUUGGUCAGCACAGGUCUGUGGUUAAUGCAGAAGCUGAAGAAAUCUGGAUCCUUGUUGCAGCUCACCUUCAGAGACCACGUUGAUCCGAGGAAAACCUUCCUCUAUCUCCUGAGCCAAAAACCAGGGCUUCAGUUCUUCAAGAAUGUGGUAUUGGUGGCAUCACCACAGGACCGUUAUGUCCCUUUCCACUCUGCCAGAAUAGAGAUGUGCAAAACUGCUCUUAAAGACAGAACCACAGGGCCGGUGUACACUGAGAUGAUCAACAACCUCCUGCAGCCACUUGUGGAGGCUAAAGAGUGCCGGCUGAUCCGCCAGAACGUGUUCCACGCUCUGCCCAACACAGCCAACACCUUGAUCGGCCGUGCUGCACACAUUGCUGUCUUGGACUCUGAGCUUUUCCUGGAGAAGUUCUUCUUAGUGGCAGGGCUCAACUACUUCAAAUAAAGGUGCUACUACUGCAGUACUUACGGGACAGAGCAUGUUGGUGGCUGAUGGAGGCAGUUCAGAGGAUAUGGUCUUUACCUUCACUUUGUACAGUAUAUUCAAUGUAUAUAAUCCCUGGUAUUCAAGAAGCAAGGCCUGUAUAUCCCAUUUGUUAGGGUUGUUAGCAACUGUUAUUAAAAGAUUUGUGUAUUGUGACUGUUUAAAUUGCUAACUCAGACAUCUGAGUUUGACGUGUAGCCAUGCAAAACAAAACAUCUAUCACAGGAUUGAUUGUAGAUGUUUUGUUGGCCUUAUAAAUAACCUCUCAGCCAGAACACUAACAGAUGCUAAUUGUGGUCAAAAGCAUUUACCAACUUUCCCUUUAGAGCUGGUUUAGAGCCUGGAUUAUUGAAUUGUUCUUUAAGGGUUACACCUUAAACUAUCAUUAGAACCGAGGCAAUAGAUGCGCAGCAUUUUUCCCCUUGACUGUACAUGAAGUAUUUUGUUGUACAAAACAUAGAUGUUCCUUUUUACAGAAAUGAGUAUAUUGUUUAAAUUAUUUAUUUUUAUCUACUUAUGUGUCUAUGGUGUAAGUAGUCCAUCUAACUGUGAUCUUUUGUGUGUUGUUAUCAUCAAAUCUAUCAAAUGAAAAUCAAACUGUUUAUUAGACAAUGGCGCCAGGAGUGUUACCCCAUGUAGCCUAUGAUUCAACAUAGUAUAAUUAGCUUUUUCAUACAUUUACAUCUGGUUACACUGUACAACAGUUCAAACUAACCCAAUGACCAUGAAUAUCAAGUUUAAGGCUACAUCAUAAAUGAGCAAUUCAGUAUCUUUGAUACCUGUUGUGUUAGCCUUGACUUCAUAAUUGAUUCUUUGCACUGACUGACUGAAAGACUGACUGACUAAUAUUUAGAAACUGAUCAUUUGCCAAGUGCUGCAUUUUCCAUUUUUUAUUUUUUUUUGCUUUUCACAUUUCAUUUAACACUGUCUGUGUCAAGUUUUUCAUAUCAGUGAAGCAGUAGAAAGAACUGUAAGUCACAGGACUUUCAGCCAGGAGACCAUUUACGCACUACAAGUUGUAAGAUAAAUUAUGUGACAUAGAUUAGGUAACAUAUUUAAGUUACAUCACAUGCUUAAUAAAUGUCACAUACAGGACAUAAACUAACUUCAGCCCAAACCAUCAUGUGACUUUCUCCAGCUGACUACGCUAGAUUAUGGAAAAAUGAAAGAUUUCAUAUUAAAUUGGUCCUGUUUGGCUGGUGUGCUAAGGUGUUCACGUUUUCAAGUGGUACAACCUAUGUUUACAUUUAUAACAUUCAAAUCAAAAAGGUUUCUAUGAUGAGGAUUGAUGAGUUUUGCAAAUGUAUUCUUGGGUCACUGGAUCGAUGAUUUUCCCCAAAUCUCAUUAUAGCAGGAUAAAGCAGCUAAUGUUAAGCUAAACUGGUUUCACACAAAAGACAAUUACUACAUUUAUGAUGACGCUGGCAACCCACAAUUGAUGCAACCUAAUUUCCUAAUGUUAAUGCUCCUUUACCUUGUAAGGCUUGGUUACUAUUGUAGGUAUUAACUACUACUGCACUACUAUAUGCUGAUUAGCCUGGCAUGCUGUUGCUGUUGGUUUUGGAAAGGCUAAAUAAAUACUGCUUCUGAAACUCUUUGAAUUACAAUCACAUCACUAAUAUAGGAUGAUCCCAUGACGACCACUUCAGUAUAGAAAUCAAAACUUUGACCUCUUGUGCUUAGCAUUUCCUAAGCUAUGAAUGGACAGUUGCUGUUUAGCAGAGGGGUUUAGCAAAUGGUCAAUUCUUGUGAUAAACUGUAGCAGUAUUGAAGCAUAUGUGUGGAAUUAUAACUUACUGUUUUAUCACAGUUAAAAUACAGGACUUAUUUUUGUUUUGUCCCUUGAAUCAUGACAGGGAGACACAAAACUGACUCACUGAUAAAAUUAACAACAAAUAUGCACGCAUAAUGUGAAAAAGAAACACGUUAUCCAUGACUAUACAGUCUAAUCUUAUGGUCUAAUGACCUUCACUUUUUUAAUGAGCCAUUUUAAAUUGUAGAUUAAAAUUGUCUACACAAAGAUAGAUUCCAUAAGGCACUUUGAAAUUCAUUAUUUGUUAAAUGCCGUAAAUCAGGGUGACAUUGCUUGUUUGGCGGUACUGGAUGAUUUUCCAACAUGGACCCACUGCCAAGAUUCUCCCUCACAUGCUGUCACUUUUUGUAAACCAAGUUCAGUAUGAUGGUGAUGAAAGCAGGGAAGCAUCAUCGUAGCAGACACCGUAUCAUGUACUUGAACAUAUAUGAUGCCAUAUUUUGACCAUCUCAUCAGCUAAAUGUUGUAUUUUUUGAUAUGUUUCUCCACAACCUUUCCUGUCAUGUUCAAGAGUUACAUGAGAGAUGUCAUUUUCCAGCAUACAGGUGAGCAUGCUUUCCUCAUCACUGUGCUGUCUAUCAAAUGAUGUUUACAUUUGGACAUUAGAGAACUGUUAUUACAAUGUUGCCACAGAUGUCUCAUAUCUAGCGAUGGUUGUGCAUCUGCUGAAUAUGUAGUUAUGUGCUGACAUAGAGGUAUAUUUAACCUUUGCACUGGUUUGAUGGCAAGUGCACUUUAUUGACAACCUUGAAUCAACCUCCACUAGCUGUUUUCCCUUGUUUUAUUUUUGGCUCAUACAUGCACAGCUUCUUUAAAUCUGAAGGUCAAAUCCUGCACUUCUUGUUAAAACUGAACUGUCGGCCAUUCAAGCAUUGUAUCGUCUUCAAAGAGUACAAAAGGUGACAUAGCAAAGUGCUCUUUUUUGUUUGGAAACCAUUGCUGUGGUGCAUGGUAAGCAGAGUGUCACCAUGAUUGACUCUAAUCAAAGGGGUUCCUUUAGGGCACAAAGAUUGUUCUCAAAAAGCCACUAAGCAAAGCUGUGUAAGCAAUCUGUAGGGACCGUCAUGCAUCAUGCAUCACGCAUCAUUUCUCAGCCACCCCUCCCCUUAGCACACACAAACACAUACUGUCUAUGGAUGAGGCUUUAGCUUGUUUGCAUUUAAGGCCAUGUGUGUUUACCCAAAGUGGUCAGCGUGAAUCAACAAAGGAAAGCAUGUUUGUGGUAGUGAGAUUUGCCCCUUCAAGGGCAAAUACAGGUUUGAAAUUGUCUCAUGAGAUGGAUGGCUAUCCUGUGAAAGGUUUUACUUGAAGGAACUGUAUUAGCUCAUAAAGAAAUGUAUUUACAUUACAGUGAACUUCAGUCUGUAGAGCAGGGUAUUUUUUGUUUUUAUGACUAAAUGUAUUUGUACAUUUAUGCUGCUGUAAUAACUGAGAGUGAAUUCAAAGGUGAUCCAUAAAUCCAAUAGAUCCUUGCUAGUGCUGUCAACCUUUGAAACUAGCUGACUUGAACCUUUUUGUAUUUGAUUGCCCUUUACUCAGAAUCCUGUUCCUGUAUGUGUGUGUGUGUGUGUGUGUGUGUGUGUGUGUGGAUGGUGGAGGUGAAUGUGUACUGCAAGUGAAAGGAGUACGAUUGCCUGCUCGCUGCAGAACAUCUUUCAUGUGUUGAACUGAAUGUAAAAAAAAAUUUGACUUCACUGUGGGACAUGUAUUUAUUUCAUUCUGCAAUUCUUUUGCUGAAUGUAUAACAUGUAAAGUACAGUAAAUACUUCUUCAUCUGUGCCAAUACUACUCGGAUAUUUUUCUAUGUUGCUGACUGUACUCUAUGUAUUCCUGAUUAGCUUGUGUCCUAUGUAAAAAUAUAAAUACAAAUAUAUAUACAUAGCAUAGUAUUAUUAUAACAGAUAUGAUGUUACAAUAAAAAUGUUCUUUUUGCAUUA